UGUAAAAAAAAUGUCUAAUAAAUCUCGACCUCUUCCUUCAAUACCCGACCAAAACCAACAAAUUUCCCAAGAUCAAAAUCAAAGUCCUGUUGAUAACAAUACGAGUGAAUAUACACCUGAUAAAUUCUAUAAUGAUAAUGGAUUAUCUAGAACUUCAGAACGAAGAGAUCAACCACAAAGAAGGCGGAGUAGUCAACUGAAUCGUUCACGCCAAUAUCAACAAUAUACUCAAUAUGCUCCAAAUAAUCAAUCUACUCAAGAUUCAAAUCGAUCUAAUCCUCAAAGUCAAAAUUUCGAUGAACAAGAUGGUCAAAUUAUUAAUAAUACUGAAGAUGAAAAUGAUGAUGAAUUUGAUGAAGAAAAUUCUGAUUUUUUUCAAACCGCUUUUCGACCUACAACCAGUCAUAAUCAUACUGAUUUUUUAGAACGUAGUAGAGCACGAAUUUCUGUAGUCUCAGAAACUGAAAUAAGUGAAAAAAGGCAACCAAUUGAUUUAUCAAUUCCUCCUAAUCAAAGAAAUCAAAAAGGCAGAAGGGAAUCAAAUUCUCGUGAUAAUAAUCGUCCUCGACCUCCUGAUUCUAUAAUUCCUCCUGGCCCUGAUACAAAUCCUCCUACUGUUCAAACUCGUCGUCAAAAAUCUUUGGUAAGACCGGAACGUGCACGUAAUAAUCGUCGUGCUGCAAAUCGACAACUGGAAGAACAAAGAAAUGAUAAUAAUGUUGAUGGUUUACAAAGGAGAUGGAGUACUUUUUCUACUAAUCAUAGAGAAAUUGAUAGGCGAAAGAGCCAAGGUCGUCCUUCAGGUGAUAAUAAAGCUUUUCCAAAUCCCCAAAAAAAGAAAAAAUGUCAAUGCCCGUCUGCUUGGAUAAUGUUUUCAAGAUGUAUCACCUGUUGGGCUCCUCCAUUUUUGGUUUGCUGUGGAAAAGAUAAAGAGGAACAAUAUGCUUGGCGUGAAAAAGUUGCCCUUGUUGUGAUUAUACUUACUCUUUGUUUAGGUGUCGGUUUCUUGACUUUUGGAUUUGAUCAAGUUUUUUGUGGCGCUCCACCUACAAGAAUUCAUUCUGGUUCAAUUGCUGCUAAUCAGAUUUCCAUACUUGGUAGAGUUCUUAGUGUUAAUACUAAAAACUUUCCUCAUCCCUCAUUUCCGGGUAUACCCUCAGUUCCAGCUAUAAAUAGUUCAAAUUUUGAAAAGGUUAUUAGUCGCAGUGAUUUGACGUUCAUGUUUCAGGCUGCCAACUUAGCGUGCAAAGGAUUUUUUGUUCCUAUUACAGCUGCCAAUUCCGCUGGAGACGUUUAUAAUUAUUUCCCUUGUGUACCACUCUCAAAUUUUGAUCCUGUCCCUCCAAAUAAUACACUAAAUCCUACUAGUAUUGCUUGUCAUGGUUCAAACGCUGCAAGAAAUUCUGUAUCUUCUAUGAGAUAUGUUGGUGAUAUAUUUUAUGACUGGGAUGAUGUACAAUCUCCUGAUCAUAAUUACAUCGUUUAUAAUGGACAAGUUUUGGAUAUGGAUCGUCUUCAAUGGACAGUACCAAAUAUCCAACUACCUGACUUUCUUAACCAAAUGAAAUAUUCUGCUACAAACCAGUAUCGUGGCCGAGAUAUGACUUUUUAUUUACAACAAAAUUAUUCGAAUAUAAAUUUAGCAAAGUGUAUGGAACAAACCUUACGUGUUGGUGUCGUUGAUACCAUAUCUAUCGGUUGUGUCAUAUCUUCUGCCGUAAUGAUUGUUUCUUUGAUUUUUAUAGCUGGUGUAGUUUUAGUUAGAUUUUUUUUGGCUGUUAUAUUUGGAUGGAUAUUAAGUUGGAGAUUAGGAAGUUUUCGUGAGGAAACUUCUGAAGAAAUUGCAAAAAGAGAACGUGAGAUUGAAUUAUGGUCAAAUGAAAAUAAUCACUUUUAUCCUUCUUCUCGAUUCUCAACUCCUAAUAUUAAUGCUAAUACUUCACCACCAUAUAGAAGAACUGAUAGUCGCUCAAGGGUGGUAACAAAAGAAUUAAAUGGUUCAAGAAAUAGUCGACCAUCAUCAGUGUCAAUUAAUGAUUUUAAUAGUCAAAGUCGAGCUGAAUCAAUGACAUCUAUAUCAUCUGCUGCUCAAUCAAAUUCACCAAAUACACCAAAUAUUAAUAAUAUUACUCUUAAUGAACAACAACGUUAUAAUUUUCCUUUAAUGCAUACAAUUUUAUUGGUUACUUGUUACUCUGAAGGUAAACAAGGUAUAAAAACAACUUUAGAUUCAUUAGCUAGAACAGAAUAUCCUAAUACACAUAAAUUACUUAUGUGUAUAGCUGAUGGUCAAAUUAUUGGUGAUAGUAAUGAUCAUACAACACCGGAGAUUUGUGUUUCAUUAAUGGAUGAUUUCGUUAUUCCUCCUGAAGAUGUUGAACCUCAUUCUUAUGUUGCAAUAGCUGAUGGUAAAAAACGUCAUAAUAAAGCAAAAGUUUAUGCAGGUUAUUAUAUAUAUAGAGAAUUAGAUGGAGAUAUGAAUCGUGUACCUAUGAUUACUAUAGCUAAAUGUGGUGGACCUGGUGAAGAAAAAGAACCAAAAGCAGGAAAUCGUGGUAAACGUGAUUCCCAAAUUAUUUUAAUGGGUUUCUUACAAAAAGUUAUGUUUAAUGAAAGGAUGACUCGACUUGAAUAUGAACUUUUUACCGCAAUUCGAACGGUUUGUUCAAUUACUCCUGAUUUUUAUGAAGUAGUUCUCAUGAUUGAUGCCGAUACCAAGGUUUUCCCUGAUUCAUUGAUUCGUAUGGUUGCUUGUAUGUCACAUGAUGCAAGUAUAAUGGGUCUUUGUGGAGAAACAAAGAUUUCAAAUAAAAAUGAUACUUGGGUAACAAGGAUUCAAGUUUUCGAAUACUAUAUAAAUCAUCAUUUACAAAAAGCGUUUGAAUCGAUUUUUGGUGGUGUUACUUGUUUACCAGGAUGCUUUUGCAUGUACAGAAUUAAAGCACCAAAAGGAGAGAAUGGAUAUUGGGUACCAAUUUUAGCUAAUCCAGACAUUGUUGAACAAUAUUCUGAAAAUAUUGUUGAUACACUUCAUAAGAAAAAUUUACUUCUUUUAGGAGAAGAUCGUUAUCUUACUACCCUUAUGCUUAAAAAUUUUCCUAAACGAAAAACAUUAUUUGUUCCUCAAUCAGUUUGUAAAACUGUUGUACCAGAUACAUUUCAUGUACUUCGUUCUCAACGUCGUCGAUGGAUUAAUUCUACUGUACAUAACCUUUUAGAACUUGUUCUUAUUCCUGAUUUAUGUGGAACUUUUUGUUUUUCCAUGCAAUUUGUUAUAUUUAUGGAAUUGGUUGGAACAGUUGUACUUCCUGCAGCUAUCUCUUUCACUAUGUAUUUAGUAGUAAUAUCAUUUUUUCAAAAACCUGCUCCUAUAGUUCCUUUACUUCUUUUAGCAGCAGUAUUAGGGUUACCUGCUAUUCUUAUUUUGGUGACAACACGUAAAGUUAUUUAUGUUGGUUGGAUGAUGAUUUACCUUUUAUCAUUACCUAUAUGGAAUUUUGUUCUUCCAUCAUACGCAUUUUGGCAUUUUGAUGAUUUUUCUUGGGGUAAAACUCGUUUAGUAAAAGGAGAAGAAGGUGGUAGAGAUCAUUCAAGAAAAGAAGGUGAAUUUGAUAGUUCACAUAUUACAAUGAGAAGAUGGGCUGAAUGGGAAAGAUAUAGACUUCGUCGUAAUUCACAACAACAUAUACAAUCAGUUAAUUUAUCUCCUGAAGAAAAUUUUAUACCAUCAACACGUCCAUCAUCAGCAUCAACAAUGUAUGGUAGUGAAAAAUCAGAACAUAUACCUGUAUCACCAUUUAAUAAUAAUGCAAGAAAUAUUAGAAAGAAAACAGAUUCAUUAAUGGUUCCUCCACCAUUAAGUGAUUCUUCACCAGUUAGUACAACUCCAAAUGAAGGUUAUAUACCAUCCCCUAGUGAUCAUAAUUCACAAAUGUCACAACCUAUUUAUACAAGAUCAAAUACAAAUAGUACAAAUUAUAGUAAUAGUCCACAUACUGGUAUGGUUGGUACUUUAUAUUCAAGCGGAUACGAAGAAAAUAAUCAUAUUUCUCAACGUAAAGAAUUUUAA